UAUAUUCUUCCCUACAUCAUUCUCAUUUGCUUGUGUCUAGAGUUUUUAUUGCAAGUAAAUUUCCUAUUUAAUCAACGAUUCGCCUUUAUCCCGUUAUUGUUGAUACAUACAAUUUAUUCCACCCCACAUUCAUUCAUACAAUCAAUCAAUCAAUCAAUAAAUCUAUCAUCUUAUACAUACAUCAAUUCUUUUUAUAAUUACUUCAACAUAUCAUCAUCAUCUGUCUAAACCAUCAUAGAUUUUUUUUCUUCUUCAAUCAUCACUGAUAAUAUCAUAUACCAUACCCCACGUCAUCCGCAUAUAAUAUAAUGUCUACCACACCUCAAGGUGAAGUGUUUUGUGGUGGUGCCACCACUUCUCAACAUGUGGAAGCCCAAGAUGAUGAUCAUUUUGAAAAUACUACUUUUAAAUUAAAGAGAACAAGAUCGAUGGGACUUUUAGAUGAAUUUAUCGCUCCCCUCCAAAGUACUGACGAUAAUACUACUGAUAAUAAUAUUGUAUCUUCUUCCCAUCAUGAACUUCCAUCAUCACAAUCACAAUUACAAGCCCAACCACAACAACCGAAUUUAACUGUAGAUACAUCCUCAUCCAAAUUAAUAUCAGAAUCAAAUGAAAAUGAUAAUAUUCUUCCUCGAUCUUCGUCUUUAUCCCCUCCUCAGGCUCAAACCCCAACUUUAUCAGCUUUACAACUUGAAAGUCCUCUGUUGAUACCUCAUGACGAUACAGAUAUAGCAACUGAACCUUGGAGACAUGUCGAUUAUUUAUCUCAUCAAUGGGAUGUAUCGGAUAUAUCGAAAUCUUGGAGAUAUGUUAUACAAAAACGUAAAGAUGUAGCUGAUUCGGCAAGAUUAGAAAAUGCAAGUUGGAGAACUUGGGCUCAAAGAAGAUCAAAUUUAAAAACUAUUAGUCCUGAAGUUGUAAAUUGGUCAAAAGAUAGUGAUGUUACUUGGCUUUAUGGCCCUAUAUUAAAAGAUGAUAGUCCAUCAUUAAGUUCAAGUCCAAAGAAAGAUCAUCAUUUUCAUAACACAAGACAUCAAUCGAUUGCUUCUAAUUCAGUGGCAGGUGAUAUAUCAAUUCCAAAUCCAAAUGCUCCAAAACCAAUUUUAAAAAGAAGAACAGUUGAAGAUAUGAUGAUUAGUCAUUCUAAUUUAUUAAAAUUAUCUAUGGCAAGUAAUAAAGUAUAUCAAAAGACUAGAGAACAAAUUCAACAACAAAGACAUAAAGAAAAUAUAGAAGAAGAUGAAAAAAAUGCUAAUGAUACUCCCGAUUUUGCUGAUUAUGAUGCCAUAUCAGCUAAAUUAAAUACUCAAUAUAAUGGUCAAAGAUCAAACAGUGGUAGUAUUUCAAAAUUACAAGAUUUAUUAAAUGAUCCUAAUAAUAGUCAUCAUAGUUCAUCCAGUUCAAAUGUUAAUAUUUCAACUCCAUUAUUCAGAGGUACAGAUAGUAAUGAAAAUGCUUCAACUUUAAGUAUUGAUACUAUUGUUUUAAAUUCAUCUACGAAAUCAGCGUUAUCAAAUGAUCGUGUCAAUGAUUCCAUAGAUUCAAGUUUCAAUACAUCUCCAUUAAUAGCUGCUACUUCCAUUGAUAGUAAUAAAGUGAAUAGUGGUGAACCAGUUUCGAUAUCUCCUCCUCAACCAUCUAAAGAAAUACGUCAUAUUCAUUUUAAUGAUGAAGUUCAACAAUGUAUGGCAAUAGAGAACUUCUCCGAUGAUGAAGGUAAUGAAUAUAAUUCUUAUGAUGAAAAUGAUGAUCAAGGUCUUGAUUAUGAUUAUGAUACUGAUAUGAGUGGCUAUCGUUCUUCAAAAUAUAGAAAUCACUCUCCUUACACUAGUGAUUUUGAUAAUGACGAUGACGAUGAUGAUGACGAGGAAGAAGAAGGCUUUGUCCUCAAUGUUAAAUCUCCUUCAUUAUCUGCUUCAACAAUCUUACCUUCUUUAGGUAAUAACCAAAGUAAUCUUAAUAACAACUCAAAUCAAGAAAAUACCGAAGAUAAUGAAUCAAUCUCAACUGAUACUAGUAAACUAUAUAGAACAAGAUCCAUUGUAUUGUUACCUUCGACGUCAUUAAAUUAUGGUUCUGACGAAGAAAGUGAUGAAGAAAAUCCAUAUACUUCAAGUUUAUCUCAUAAUGUUAAUAAUGAAAUAAGUAGAGGUUAUGAUUAUUAUUAUGAUUAUAAUACGGUUUAUACCAUCGAUCCAAAUCAUGCUAUUUAUGGUAAUAAAAAGGAAACUCCUGAUGUCAUUGAUGUUCCAGAACUUAUUGGAAUUGGAUCUAAUUUCGAUUAUGAUUAUGAUACUUCAAAUAUAGUACCGAUUAUUAAUCCAACCAUUAUAAAUAACAACAAUAUCAAUAUUAAAACAACACCAAAUUUAUCAACUUCAACUUCACCCACAUUAUCUUCUACUUCUGGUUCAGUACCAGUUCCAAUACCGAUGCCUGUAUCCAUACCAGUUCCAGUACCAUCAGGAAUCCCAUCUAGACCCCCAGUUAGCAAUCCAUUUCAAUUGAGUGACGAUGAAGGAGGUUCCAGUGAUGAAGAUGAUGAUUUCGGAUUAUCAAUUAAUACUCGCUCAUCAAGUCAAUCAUUGGCUCAACAAGCAUUUGGACAUCAAACUAUGACAGCUCAUUAUCCUGAGACAUUUGAAAAUCCUGAACCUACCAAUAUUCCAGUUUCAAUGAUAAAUCCUCAUCAUUCUUCAGCAUCAUUAUCUAAACAACCUCAUUCAUCUGGAUCUUUAUCACAACUGUUUUUUGGUGAUUCAAGUGUUGGUGGUUUAACUAAACAAAAGCCAUCCUCUAGUGCCUUGUCAGAUCAAUUCUUUAAUUCAGCAUCAGCAAUAUCACCUCCUGCUACUGUUGGUUCUAAUGUACAACAACUAGAUAGAGUUGCAUUCUCUCCAUCUCCUGAUAAUAGUUUACAACGUACUUUAUCUAACACUCAAAAGAAAUCAUCACCAUUACCCCCACAAACUACAUCUGAAAAUGCAUUCCUGGAAAAUUUAACUCCUCCACCAGGUCAACCGGUUUUAGAGCAAGCAUAUCAAAAUGAAACUAUAGUACAACAACCUCAAUCGAAGAAUACUUUUUCAUUUGACGAUUCUGAUUCUGAGUCUGAAGAUGAUUUUAUUUCAGCUGCAUCAUCAUCAAUCAAACGUCCACCAUUACAAGGUAAAUCUAGUUAUGCAACUUUAGCAGAAGUUGCUAACCAAAAUGGAUUUGGUAGUAAUAAUCAAUCACCAGAAGUUGGCCAAGCCACUGUCGAUGACUCAGUACAUCCUUCUCUCGUUGGACAAGCCAAAGGAUUGGCUAAUCAAUUCUUAGGUGGUUGGAAAAACAAUGCUUCUCCAAGCGAUUCAUCAUGAUACUAUGAUUAUCAACAACAACAACAACAAAAACAACUAAAAAAAAGGGAAAAAUUAUAGGAGACAGUUUUGAUUCUUGUCUAUACCUGAGUCUCACAGCUCAAAACUAUGAUACGUAUAUAAAUGUAAUGUUUUUUUUGUCUGCUUCUACGUUUUAUAAUUUUUAUAUUAAUGCAAGUUAUGGUUAUAAAUUAAUGGUUUUAAAAUUGUUGUAAAAUUUUAGUUUGAAUGCAAAAAUCUCUAUCCAUGAGCUUUGUUGGGGGAAGAAAAUCUCAGACUGC